AUGGGCAUUGAUGAGGCUGCACUGAUGGGCACUGAUAACACUGCACUGAUGGGCACUGAUGAAAUAGGAUUGCUAUACAGUCAGGGGCAGACUGACAACUCAUGGGGCCCCCGGACAAUAGGGGAUCAUGGGGCCCCUGUGCCUUACCCAAACUCAAAAAAGCCUAUGAAAAAGGUACCAGGGGCAUCUCAUGGGGCCCCCUACUGACCCCGGGCCCUUGGGCAGUGCCCGAGUUUCCAAAUGGUCAGUCCACCCAUGUAUACAGUAUCAGUGGCGUCCCAAGGCAGGUGCAGGGGGUGUG